AUGGAGGAGUUUUCUGACAAACUUGGCCUCCCUAUCCGAAAUCACAUUCCAUUCACUGGUUUGGAAGAUACUCCAAAACUGGAAGUCAUAGCCACUGCUUUAUAUAUUAAGAAAUCUAAAAUUGAAGGUCAUUGGGAAUCAAGAAGUGGAGUCAAGGGUUUCCUCGCUAAGUUCUUAGUCGGAAAAGCUCGUAUGUUUUUGAAAGCCAUGAGUUAUCAAGCCUUCGAGGACAUAUUAGCUUUACUUAUUUAUGGUUUGGUGCUAUUUCUUAAUCCUGAUCAGUUCAUAGAUGUGCAUGCCGUAAAGAUAUUUCUGACACACAACCCAGUGCCUAAUUUGCUUGGAGACAUCUUACACUCUCUUCACACUCUAAUGAGGAAUGACCAAGGGCUUCAAUGGCAUAAGAGAAUAAUGUCACUUUCUCAUUCUGAUAUCCGUUGGCUUUCCUUAUCAAAGGAGAAUGUUACUAUCAUUGACCGUUGUGGACAAUAUCCUAAUGUUCCUUUUCUUGGCAUAAGAGGGGGUAUUACUUAUAACCCUUGCUUGGCUCUACAUCAGUUUGGUUAUGCUCGAAGAGAUGGUCCUCAUCAGAUGCUUAUACAAGGAGUUGUGUUCGAUUAUGAAGAUGAUUCUCAAGGUUACCGCCGGGAGUUUGUACGUUCUUGGGACAUGGUAAACAGAGUUGAUAGCAAGAGCUUGGGGCAAAGGAACUCCAUUCCUUUAGAGCCUUACCUCAGAUGGGUGUGCACCCGUGCUCAACGCUUCGUCAUGCCUUAUCCAUAUGUCAGACCUGUAAUUGUGGAACCCGAGUGCGAAGAAAAGGUACCUCAAGUUAUUUCUCAUCCAGACAUGCCAACCGACAUUGAGGAACUAAAGAGAUCUUGGAUUCAGAUAAAAGAAGAAAGAAAUACUUUUGAAGCUCUAUUCCACGCUAAAGAGAAUAAAGUGUUAGAGCUUACGAGGCAACUCCAAGACAAACAGAAGGUCAACACUUACCUUGGUGCAAAAAGGAAGCGUCCAUGGGAUACUUGA